AUGGCAGAUAUGGAAGUGAAACCAGUAGACCUAGAAGAAGACGAAGAGAAAGAGGAAGAUGAAGAACCUUCGUGGUCAUCAGACUCGGAAGUCGGAGACACGUUGGACUGGCUGGACUCCAAGGACGAUGACCAAGCUGAACUAAUGGAGUGGGAGGGGAGGUUGAAUGUGGGCAUGUCGAACUCUGUGACGACUGCCAUUCAAGAAAGUGUUCUAGAUAUAGCCAUUGGUAAAACUAAAACAACUGAGAAAGCAGACUGUGCAACUGUUGAUCAGGCCAUUGAUCCUAGAACUCGCAUGGUUUCAUCCAAGAUGCUAAAUCGAGGUGUAUUUCAUGAUAUAAACGGCUGCAUUUCAACUGGAAAAGAAGCAAAUGUUUAUCAUGCAACCAGAUCUAUUGGUCAGGAACUGGCAAUCAAAAAAUGCGAUCUUGUGGCAUAUUCUGAAGUUGUUCCAGUUUUUGAGAAUUGGUCCUAUUAUCUAGUAUUUAAUACGGUCGUUGUGAAGUGCAGGCUAAAGGCAGCGGGAAUUCACUGCCCUACUCCAAUUCUUUUGAGACUUCAUGUUCUGGUCAUGGAGUUUGUAGGAAAAGUAGGUUGGGCUGCACCUCGUCUUAAGGAUGCUGCUUUAUCUCUUGACAGGUUUUGUGAAGGUUAUGUGGAGGUGUGUCCAUAUUCUUUAAGUCAUUCUUCAGGAAUUUUGGGUUGUGUAAAAGUGGAACCUGAUUUCUAUGAGAUGAUUAUUGCAAUGCGAGCACUAUAUCAGAAGUGCAAACUGGUGCAUGGAGACCUAAGCGAGUAUAACAUACUUUAUUUUGAGGGUCAUUUGUAUAUUAUAGAUGUCUCUCAAUCAAUUGAUCUUGACCAUCCCCAUGCCCUCAAUUUUCUUCGUGAAGAUUGUCUUCAUGUUUCGGACCACCAGGAGAUCUUUAUCGUGAUUGCUUCCAACUUAUUUUACGUGCAACAAAAAUUUUUGGCUAGAGGAGACAUAUCUGUGGAGGAUGAAAUUGCAGACUGUCUUUGUGCAGCUACUGGAUCAAUUGACAGGUUCAAGCAUGGGAAUGCAAGUUUCAUGUGUACACAGUUGGGGUUCGAUUUGAUACUUGAAGCUGGUGUGUGCACAUCUUUGCAUGUAUGGUCAUUAAUUCCAAAGACCCUAGAACAUGUAAAGAAUGCUGGGGAGGAUGUGCAAUGGAUAACCAAUGGCCAAGACACGGGAGAUAUGUACUAUCAGACUAUCACGGGACUCAAGCAUGCUCUUUCAAUUGCUUAG